CGAGUAAAUUUUGCUUUAUAAUUUUUGUCGUUUUCCUCUUUAACUGGUUAAAUGAUUUAAUUCGCGUGUACAUUCAUUACGUAUCUUCUAUUGUCUAUAAUCUUUAUAUAAAAUUAAUUCUUUUCUGUCACACUAACUUUGAGUAGUCAAUAAAUUUAUUAAAAUCUUUUAAUCCCCCUAGAAAUUUUAAAAUAUCAUUUGUUUUGUUAUACAUAAUUUUAUAAAACUGAAAAAAAAUUUUUUUGUCAAACGUUUAAAAAAUAUUUUUAUUUUUAAUUUUUCAGUAAAACUAUUCUCCCUUAAAUGACAUAUUUUUACGACGAACAGUGGGUCAGACCGAUGGGUGCACUCGGAACAGCAUUUUCUUUCACUCAACUCUCCUACUAUUCUCUCAUCACAUUGUGCCUUUAUCAAUUUGCGAUGGGUAAAGUAGAAGAAAAUAGGCGGAAAGAAGUUGAACGUCUACUUGAAAAAGGGAAGGUUCUGCUCUCCAAAGGAAAUUUGCAAGAAGCUCUUCAUCAGUAUCAUCAAGCGGUUGAACUUGAUCCUGAUGACUACCAAAUAUAUUUUCGGCGUGCAACUGUUCAUUUAGCCAGUGGUCGAAUGAAUGCUGCUUUGCCAGAUUUGGACAGAGUUGUCGAAUUAAAACCUGAUUUUAUUUCUGGACGUUUGCAACGUGGAAAUAUUUAUUACAAGCAAGGAAAUUUGGACAGAGCUUCUGAUGAUUAUACGUUUGCGUUGAGGCACGAUUUUGAGAAUUCUGAAGUUAGGGAUAAAUUGAAGAUGAUUGAUCAAAUUAGAGAAUGGGUUAAAUCAGGGAAUUAUUAUCAUGAAAAUGGAGAUCACGACUCAGCCGAACGAGUUCUUAGUUAUGCGCUUGAGCAUUGUAACUGGGAUGCCGAUUUGCAUAGAAAACGUGGGAAAAUUCGAUUGGCUCGUGGUGACACUCAAAAUGCAAUUUCUGAUAUUCGAGCUGUUGCAAAAUUAGUUCCGGAUUCAACAGAAGUUUAUUUGGAGAUUAGCCGUAUCUACUAUGAAACUGGAGAUGCAGAAAAUGCAAUGACACAAAUCCGCGAGUGUCUUCAUUUGAAUCCUGAACAUCCCUUGUGUUUCCCAUUUUAUAAGAAAAUUAAAAAAUUGUUAAAAUUGCGGAAAGAUUUGGACAAUUCAAUUCAAAAAGAACGUUGGGCUGAAUGUUUGGACAAAUCAACCUCAAUUCUUAAAUUUGAACAGGAUGUUGAUCGGAUCCAAUUGGAUACUUAUAAACAAAGGUGUAAAUGCAAUGUUAAGCUUGGUCACGUUGCUGAGGCAAUUCAAGAAUGUACUGAAGUGUUGAAAUAUGUUGAUGAAAAUGAUUUGGAAGUUUUGCUGAACCGUGGAGAGGCUUAUUUGCUCAAUGAGGAUUAUGAUAGCGCGGUCGAAGACUUCCAAAAAGCUGUUAAAGCAAAUGAAGACUCUAGACAGGCAAAAGAAGCUUUGAACAGAGCGUUGAAAUUGCAAAAACAGGCUAAAAAGAGGGAUUAUUACAAAAUUCUUGGAGUACGUCGAAAUGCAGACAAACGGACAAUUAUGAAAGCUUAUAGAAAAUUAGCACAACAGUGGCAUCCAGACAAUUUCCAAGACGAUGCUGAAAAGAAACGUGCACAAGAAAAGUUUAUUCUUAUUGCUGCUGCAAAGGAUGUACUUACUGACCCCGAGAAGAGGAGAAUAUUCGACUCUGGUGAGGACCCAAUGGAUCCGCAAGGCGGCGGUGGUGGUCAUCAUGGUUUCCAACAAUGGCAAUGGUCUGGUGGUCAAGGAGGAUUUCCGUUUGGUGAAGGUUUUAACCCAUUUGGAGAUGACGGAGGACAAUAUAGCUUUAAAUUUAAUUUUGGCUGAAGAUUGGAGAGAGAUUGAUUUUAUAUAUUUAUUCUUUUUUUGUUUCUUCCCAAAACAUAUAUUAUUUCUCAUUCAUU